AUGAAUUUUAAUCUGUCGCAGAUCCAAUGGCAAAACCAGUUUACCUGGGUACUGGCACGCCACUCGCUCGGCGAGGAGCUGGUUGUGUGCCCCCAAUUCGAGAAGAAACUUCCUGGUGGCCUUGAUAUGGCAGACAAGGAUCGAAAAGAGCACCAAUCAGUCAAGGAACAGCUGAAGAAAUUUCAGAACAUGAAACCUUCGGACCCUGAGUUCGAGCCUACGGUCAAAGCUUUGAUGCAAGAUCUAUCGGAGCACAUUGAGGAAGAGGAGAGCCAGGAUCUUCCAAAACUGGAAGACGCCCUGACGACUGAGGAGAGCGAAAAACUGGCCAAGUCCUUCGGCAGGACCAAGAUGUUGGUGCCGUCGCGCGCCCACCCUUCUGCUCCUGACAAGCCUCCUUUCGAAAGCGCAAUUGGACUGAUGACUGCCCCGAUCGAUCAUCUGGCUGAUCUGUUCCGAAAAUGGCCACAUACUUCUGAUAUGCCGAAUCCGUCCACUAAAUAA